AUGCAACCUAAUUCAAAUGAUGUUUUUGCUGAAAUUUCUAGAGUCAAAUUGACUAUUAAAGGAUAUCAGAAACAAAUAGCAUCAAAACGUUCAGAAAUUCAGAAAUUAAAAUCUCAAAAUAUAAAAUAUCAACAAAAACUUCAAAAAACAGUCGAAUUAGAUAUGAACAAUUUCGUAAAUUAUAAUAUUACCGCUAUGGGACAAGCCCAUGUUGAAAAAUUAUACGAAAAGAAGCAGAUAAUUGAAAAUCUAGAAAAAGAAUUCAAAAAAUUGGAAGAACAAUGCAACAAUAGAAGACUAAUAGUUACACAACAUAAAAAUGAAGGAUUUGCAACAACAAAAAAGAUUGAUUUUAAUAAAACUAAAACAAAUACAACAAGAGCAAUCAAUAAUACUUCAAAAAUCGAAAAAUCUUAUGAUAAAAUACAUCAACUAGAUAAAAAGAUCGAAGCUAAAUCAAAUUACGUCAAAAAUUUGCAAUCAAAAAUUUCAUCUUUAGCAAUUCAACAAUUUCAGACAAAAGAAUCAGAUGACCCAGAAACAUUACUACUAAUAAAUGAUAUACGAAAAGCAAAACUCGAAAUUGAAAAAACAAAUAAAAAUAUCGAAGAUCUUCAAUUGAGCAUGAAAUACCAGGAGAACCCUCAAGAUAUUCCAAUAGACAUACAAUAUAUAGAUGAAAAUGAUGCAGAAGAUAUUCAAGAACAGCUAAAAUCAAUGCAAAAUGAAAUUGAUUUUAUAGAAAAUGAAACUCAUCAAACAGAACUUGAAAUAGAACAACUUUUGGAGAAUUACGAAGAAUUAUCCAAUCAUUACAGGUUUAUAUCUUCAUUACCAAAAACUAAUAAAAAUAUUCAAAUUAAUGAAAAUGUAAGCGUCCAAAAUUUAGUGAACCAAGUUAAAAAACUUGCUAAGAUCAAGUCUACAAAGCCAAUUGAUUCAAAAACAGAGUUAUUAAAAGAACAAAACAAUUGUAAAAAAUUAGAAGAACAAAUCGAGCAGAAGAAGCGACUCCUGACUUACAAAAUCGCCCAGCUUUAUAAAACAAAGUUCCAGACGAAGCAAAAAAUAGAAAAUGCAAAAAAUAAGAUAAAAGAACUUGAAAAUAGGAUUAAAUAG